AUGGAGAAUACUUAUGAAAUCGCCUUGAAUGCAAGGGAUGAGGUCGCUGUUUCGUGGAGUUUGGGCCUUGGUAGGCUACAUACUGCUUUUAUUGAAGAAAAACGUGUGUUAGUAACCUUAGCUGAUGGUCCUGAGAAACCAUUGGCCCGCAACAUACCAAGGCAUAAGAAAUAUGAAGGUGGUGGAGAAAAGUGGAUAUGGAUUGACUAUGCUGAUGCAGUGUCCAUCUCAGAAAAUGAGGAAACAUCCUUAAUGGAUUGGGGGAAUGCCAUCAUAAAAGGAAUCAGGAAGGACCGGGAUGGGAAUGUCACACAGUUAAUGGGGGGUUUGCAUCUCGAAGGAUCUGUCAAGACCACAAAAUUGAAGCUUACCUGGCUACCUGAAACAAGCGAAUUGGUUAACCUUUCAUUGAUGGAGUUUGACUAUCUAAUCACAAAGAAGAAGGUAUGUGCUAGUUAA